AUGGACAGGCUCCUCGCCGGCCUGCUUGGCUUCCUAUUGAUUGCGUCAGUAGGAAGCCAUGCAGCUCGUGCUCCGGAUCAGUACUGGAAGACUGCGCUUCCGAACACUCCAGCCGGCGGCACGACCGUGAACGUCGGCGGGGGCGGUGUCCAUGUCGACGCUGGGCAUGGCAAGCCCGGGGGCACGACCGUCGACGUAGGCAAGGGCGGCGUCGGCGUCAACGUUAAUCCUGGCAGCGGCAAGCCCGGUGGCACCACGGUCGGCGUUGGGAAGGGCGGUGUUGGCGUUAACGUCAACCCUGGCUACGGCAAACCCGGCGGGACCACGGUUGGCGUCGGGAAGGGUGGCGUCGGCGUUAAUGUCAAUCCCGGCAAGCCCAGUGGCACCACGGUCGGCGUUGGCAAGGGCGGAGUAGGCGUCAACGUCAAUCCUGGCUACGGCAAGCCCGGUGGCACCACCGUCGGCGUCGGCAAGGGCGGAGUGGGCGUCAACGUCAGUCCUGGCAAGCCGGGUGGCACCACCGUUGGUGUUGGCAAAGGCGGCGUCGGUGUCGGCGUGAACCCCGGCUACGGCAAGCCGGGCGGCACCACGGUCGGCGUCGGGAAGGGCGGGGUUGGCGUCAACGUGAAGCCCCGCGGGAAGCCCGUCCACGUCAACGUCUCUCCUUUCCGGUACAACUACGCCGCAACGGAGACGCAGCUGCACGACGACCCCAGCGUCGCGCUCUUCUUCCAGGAGAAGGACCUCCACGCCGGCAAGAAGGUGACCGUCCAGUUCACCGGCACCGCGGGCGCCGGCACGAAGUUCCUCCCACGAAGCGAGGCCGAGGCCAUCCCGUUCUCCUCCGAGAAGGUGCCCGAGAUCCUGAGCCGCUUCUCGGUGAACCCGGACUCCGUCGAGGCGGCGGAGAUGGCGCAGACGCUGCGCGACUGCGAGGCGCCCGCGGCCAGGGGCGAGAAGAAGGCCUGCGCCACGUCGCACGAGUCCAUGGUCGACUUCGCCACGUCCAGCCUCGGGACCAGCCACGUGAGGGCCGUCUCGACCGUCGUGGCGAAGCCGGGGUCGCCGAAGCAGGAGUACACCGUGGCCGGCGUGAAGCGCGCCGCCGGCACCGGCGACGACGGCCGGCUCGUCGCCUGCCACGCGGAGCCCUACGCGUACGCCGUGUUCAUGUGCCACCUGACGCGGCAGACGCGGGCGUACUCGGUGUCGAUGGUCGGCAGGGACGGCACGGCCGUGGACGCCGUCGCGGUGUGCCACGCCGACACCUCCGGGUGGAACCCCAAGCACGUCGCGUUCCAGGUGCUCGACGUGAAGCCCGGCACCGUUCCGGUCUGUCACUUCCUGCCGCAGGACCACGUCGUCUGGACCCGCAGCGGCUGA